UGCUCGCUGCUAAAAUAUCCAACGCACUAACCUCACUGCGUACUAUUUCGGGGUCGUUUGCUUGUUGGAUUUGAAAAAUGAGGGUUUUGGCUCAAAAAAACCUUUGGAUUUAUGAGGGAUUUGUACCAUCAUGGAUUUGAAGAGUCUAUUGUUUGCAUGAUAGAUUUGAUGAUAUAAUUAUGAUGGAUUUGCUAUAAAUAUAACUAGCCAUCAAGGAUUUACAAAUCCCACCCCAAUAUGUGGGAUUUACAAGUUCGUGGGGUCCACGGAUUUGGAUCCAAAAAAAGGAAUAAAUCCGUGGACCCCACGGAUUUAACACCUGACAACAAACAAUGGACUUGGCUAAAAUCUAUCAUGCUUGGGAUUUGAGUCCCAAAUCCAUGACCCAAAUCCAUCAAGUAAACGACCCCUUCGUCUCUAACGACGAACAAUGGCUGAAAAUGCGGCACAGGUCAAGAGCGAGCAUCCAGUAAAACCCUAUGUCAACUUCGCUAGCUCGAAAAUUUUGACGACACGACGAGUCGAAUCGAAAGCUGAGGGAAUGCUCGUUUGGAAAGUAGCUGAUCGGAUCCAUAGAAAGUCCGCUGAAAUGGCUUCCCUGCCGUUUCCUUCCCGCCAUCCGAUUCCUUGCAGAUACCGCCGGGUUUGGGCUUUCAAUUCGUUAAUCUUUUGUGAGCGUCUUUACCCAGGCGUUGGGCGUCAUUUUCAACCUGAGCCAAAUUCCGGAAUCGCUGUUCUUGUUUCCUUGUUUGGAAGUUAAAAUAGUCUGGGAUUCGUCGCUUUCUCUCGACCUAGGAUUUCACUGCCGAACAGGUACGAUAUCACGUCAAGGAUUUAUAAGCAGUUCCGUCUUCAGGUCCCUUUUCAUUCCACAGAUUAGGCAAAUUAGAGUUGGACAAUGACGAGGAAGAACUAUUGUUCGGCAUUGGCUUGGCUUCUUGUUGUAGUACUGUUUGAGUGUUAUUGUUGUAUCGAGAAAGCAAAUAGUGCUUCUGUGUCUUAUGAUCACAGGGCUCUGGUUAUUGAUGGGAAGCGGCGGAUUCUGCAGUCUGGUUCUGUUCAUUAUCCUCGAACCAGCCCCGAGAUGUGGCCGGAGAUCAUUAGGAAGUCGAAGGAAGGGGGAUUGGACGUGAUUGAAACUUACGUGUUUUGGAAUUAUCAUGAGCCUGUGAGAGGACAGUAUUACUUUGAAGGCAGGUUUGACCUGGUGAAGUUCUUGAGAACGGUUCAAGAUGCUGGUCUUAUGGUUCACUUGCGGAUUGGCCCAUAUGCUUGUGCUGAAUGGAAUUAUGGAGGAUUCCCUAUGUGGUUACAUUUCCUCCCCGGGAUUCAGUUCCGGACUACAAACAGUGUGUUCCAGAGUGAAAUGCAGCGCUUUCUUGAGAAAAUUGUCAAUUUAAUGAAUGAGGAGAAUCUAUUUGCAUCACAAGGAGGGCCAGUCAUUCUUGCCCAGGUUGAGAAUGAAUAUGGUAAUGUUGAGUGGGCUUAUGGGCUUCCUGGACCAAACUAUGUCAAAUGGGCUGCAGAUACUGCACUUAACCUCAAUGUAUCAGUACCUUGGGUGAUGUGCCAACAGUACGAUGCUCCUGAUCCAAUCAUAAACACAUGCAAUGGAUUUUACUGUGAUCAGUUUACCCCAAAUUCUCCAUCAAAACCAAAAUUCUGGACUGAGAAUUACCCUGGAUGGUUUGCUGCAUUUGGCUCACCAGUUCCACAACGUCCUGUUGAAGAUGUGGCUUUUGCUGUUGCUCGCUUUUUUGAGUAUGGUGGAACAUUGCAGAACUAUUACAUGUACUUUGGUGGAACCAACUUCGGACGAACAGCUGGAGGUCCUAUGAUUGCGACAAGCUAUGAUUAUGAUGCCCCAAUUGAUGAGUAUGGGUUUAUAAGACAGCCAAAGUGGGGACACCUGCGAGACUUGCACCAGGCAAUCAAACAGUGUGAAGACCACCUAGUCGAUGGAGAUUCCACUCAGCAGUCUUUGGGAUAUAACCUAGAGGCACAUGUCUACUGCAUAUCUUCAGAUGAUUGUGCAGCAUUUCUUGCUAAUUAUGGCAGCAGCUCUGAUGCAAAUGUCACGUUCAAUGGCAAUACUUACUUUCUCCCUGCUUGGUCUGUGAGUGUACUGCCAGACUCCAAAAAUGAAAUUUUCAACACGGCAAAGGUCACUACUCAAAGAAGCAUCCAUGACUCUCCCCUUGCUAGCAAUACAACGAGGAAUGAGGUUUCACUCGGGGAGUCUUCUUGGAGUUGGCACAAAGAAGAAAAAGGCAUUUCAGGAAGCAACAACUCUUUUACUGCUCAUGGCUUGUUGGAGCAUAUUAAUACCACAGAAGACACUAGUGAUUUCCUGUGGUACUCAACCAGUUUUGUGAAUGACGGUCAAGCCAUUGACGCUCUAUUGAACAUCGAGAGUUUGGGGCAAGCAGCACUGGUCUUCCUGAACAAGAAUCGUGUCGCAUUUGGGUUUGGAAAUCAUGACAUUGCAGCGUUCUCACUAUCUCAGAAAGUUACACUUGUAGAAGGAACCAACACACUCGACAUUUUGAGUAUGAUGGUUGGUGUCCAGAACUACGGCCCAUGGUUCGAUGUUCAAAAGGCUGGACUUGUAGCCGUUAUUGUGGCUGACUUCAGUAGUGGUAUCAACAUGCUUUCCUCUAGAGACUGGGAUUACCAGGUGGGACUCAAUGGAGAAAGCCUUGGACUUGAAAAAGAAGUAAAUGCAGCAAAUAGCUCACUCUGGACUCAGGGAACUGAUAUGCCCAUCAGUGAGAGUUUGGUUUGGUACAAGACAACAUUCCGUUCUCCCGAAGGAAAUGGACCCUUGGUCCUAGACCUUGCCGGCAUGGGAAAAGGUGAAGCAUGGGUGAACGGGCAGAGCAUAGGACGAUACUGGUCAACCUAUCUAUCACCAGCAGCAGGCUGCAGCGACACUUGCGAUUACAGAGGACCUCAUGAUGCAAAGUCUUGCCUGACGAAAUGCGGUCAACCUUCUCAAACGUUGUAUCAUAUUCCUCGGUCCUGGGUUCAUUCUGGCGACAACCUAUUGGUCCUACGCGAGGAGCUUGGAGGCGACCCAAUGCAGAUUUCUGUUUUAUCGCAUACAGGCCAGGAGAUAUGUUCUGUUGUUUCAGAGGACGAUCCUACACCACCAGAAUCUUGGAGACCAAACAUGGAAUUCAGGUCUCAGAGCCCCGAAGUUCGACUGAAAUGCGAGCAAGGAUGGCGCAUUACCUCCAUCAAUUUCGCUGGAUUCGGCAGCCCUGAAGGAGAUUGUGGGAGGUUUACACCUGGGGCUUGUCAUGCUGACAUGUUAUCUGUUGUCCAGAAGGCGUGCAUUGGGCAAGAAGGAUGCUCGAUUCCUUUAUCAUCGGCGACUGCUAGCCUCGCUGAAGCUUGUCCUGGAGUUUCAAAACGGUUUGCGGUGGAAGCUCUCUGCAGCUAGAAAGGAUCUCGAUUCCUUGCCUGUCAAGGAAAGAACAGGCAAAUACUUCACACCAUUCAUUUUCAAUAUACAGCGAUCGUUCUCAUCGAUUCACGAUUUUACUUUGAAACCAAUUUGUAAAUCCGCUAUUUCGUUACCGACAGAAAGUUUGUAGAUGCUCAAAGUUGGUGGAAAUGUUGUCCAUAUCGAAAGUUUAUGUAAAAUUCUAACCAUGCGGUAAUAUCGAAAUCAUAAUAUUUUGUAAACCAUGUUAUAAUCAAGAAAAGACUAGCAAAUUAAAAGAUUUCAACCAACUAAAGGAAACAACGACAU